GCAGUAAAUGGAGCGAAAAGUCAACUGUUUCAUCUACCAGAUUGCAUAUACCACCAAGUUGACGACAUAUCUAUAUCUAUCCAUCUAUCUAUCUACCUCUAGAGUAUAUUAGACAAAUAAAAUAAACAAAAUAAAAAUCAGUUAUGUCGAUGAUAUUGAUAAUGAUGAUGAUGAUUAUACCGCUGAUGAUGAUGGCGAUGAAUAUGUAUGACAGUUAGACAUUUAAUAAUAUUAUCUCUAUUGAUAUAACAAUUCUAUAGUCAAAGUCAAUUAUCAUUAUACAUACAAAAUUGUUUUACUUCAUUCUAUUUGGAUACUUAUACAUGGAUAUCCCCUGUAUAAACAUGAAUACACACUAUAGAUAGACAUAGUUACUAGUAGUACAAUCAUUGAAUUAUUUAUUUAUUUAUUUAUUUAUUAUUCACUAAAACGACAUUGUUAAAUUGGGAAAAAUGUUACAUUUACCCUCAAUCUGUUUGGUGUACACAUACACACUUACACACCUACACACAUAUCAAUACACACACACACUUACAAACAUGCCUACACACACCAACAUACAGACACAUAUACAAAAUCAUUUGCACUGUAUCAUGUAAUUAUAAAUAAAAUGAAAAUACCGCUCAAUUAAACUGAUCCAGUUUCCAAGGGAAAUUAUUAUUUAUUUAUUUUUUUGAAAUGAGAAUUAUUAUUCUUAUUUUCAUUGAUUAAUUAUGAUAUUAAUUCACUUCAAUUUUUAUUUACAAAUAAAUAAUUUUUUAUAUUUUUUAUGUCAAUUCAUGAUUUUCUUAUCGAAUAUAUGGAUUUUCAAAAUGAUACAAGCAAAUCAUGUCACCAUGGCAACAAGUAAUAGUAAUAAUAAUAAUAAUAAUAAGCAUAAUUUAUUAUUUAAUUCUGAUGGAAACAUUUUCAAUAUGAAAACACAGAUGGAUUUGAUUCAUCGUUUACCACGUUACACACAAAUAUUGUCAUCGUCUUCGUCAUCGUCAUCGUCAUCAUCAUCCUCAUUACCGUCAGCAAUAACACCAGUUCUAGGUUCAGAAUUAAUUCAACUUAGUUAUAAUUGUAUAGUCUAUGAUGAAACACCAGCUCAAUAUAAUUUACUUGAUGAAACUAAUGGAAAUACAUGUCAAUUAUUAUCAUCCUCAUCAUCGUCAUCAUCAUUAUCGAGUAUACCAAUGAUUCAAACAAAAAAUUACGCCAAAUUAUUCGUCAGUAUGAAAAUUAUUACAACAGCAAAUCCUAUGGCAAAAUAUUUUAAUAUUAACUCAAAUAAUUAUACAUUGUAUACAAGUCAACAUAUUGAUCGUGAAGAAUUAUGUAAUCAAGCAAUGAUAAUGACUGAUACAUCGUCUAUACCGGAUUCUUUACGAACAUGUUGUAUAAAUCGUCGAAAGGAAUGUAUUUUCCCAUUGAAUAUACUUGUACAGACAAGAAUUGGUAAGGAUGAUACGGUUGCUACUACUGCUACCACUACUAUUAACAGUAUUAAUAAUAAUAGUAGUAGUAGUGGCACCAUUUCUAAACAUCUAGUCGACAAAGGAAUUAAUCAUGUAUCAUCCAUCAUUACUGAUACUGCAACCGCUGAUAUUAGUAGUAUAGGUAGUAUUAGUAAUAGUGGUAAUAUUGCUGAUGUUGUAAGUAGUAGUUCACGUUCAAAAUUUUUUACAAUUAACAUAAAACUAAUUGAUAUAAAUGAUAAUGCACCAAAAUUUCCAAAUCCUCAAUAUACAAUCCAUGUUUCAGAAGGAAUACAUGUUGGAUCCAGAUUACCUUUACCAUUAGCGGAAGAUUUAGAUUGUAUAGACUAUAAUAUUGUACGAUACUUUUUAUUAACUUCGGAUGUAUGAAAUCAAAUCUUUGAAGAAAUUCACACUCUAUUAUCAACUACUUACACAAGGUGAUGAUACAUUUGAAUUGAUUCAAUUAUCAAAUGAAUUAAUCAAUAAUCUACCUUCAUUAAUUCCAUCUACCUCAAUUAAUAAUGAUAAUAAUCAACUAAUCUAUUCAAAUUAUAAUAGUUUAUCUUAUAAUACACAAAUGGAACAUCCAUUUACUUAUCAUCAACCGAAUACAUUAUCAACAAUAAAUCAAUUAUUACCAUAUCAAAAUCGACCAGAACAAUUAUAUUUAAAAGUUAUGAAACCAUUAGAUUGGGAAACUAAACGUAGCUAUCAAUUUAUAUUAAAUGCUGAAGAUAAUGGGUCACCAGCAUUUACCGGUGAAAUGAGUUUGAUGAUUAUUGUCACUGAUGAAAAUGAUAAUCAUCCUAUAUUUCGUAAUAAAAGUUUAAUGAUUAGUGUACCAGAAAAUUCACCUGAAGGUUUACAUCUUAUACAAUUAAUUGCUGAUGAUCCAGAUGAUGGAAAAUCUGGUCAAAUUAUUUAUAGUUUAAUAAACAAUGAUGUCAACAUUAAACCACCAUCAUCAUCUUCAUCAUCAUUAUCAUCGCUAUCGAUUAGUAAGGAUCAUUCCAAUCAACGUCAAUUACAUAACACUGUAUAUAAUUCUUCAACAUUAGGAUUAAAUAACAUGAAUACUCAUACUACUAAUAAUAGUAAUGAAAUGAAGAAAAGCUUAUUUGAAAUUGAUUCUAAAACUGGUUGGUUAAUUAUAAAUGGACAUUUAGAUUAUGAAAUAUCAAAACAUCAUCUUCUACGUGUCAUAGCUCGUGAUCAAUCGAAUCAUCCAGGAUUUGAUGAAGCAAUCAUUAGUGUUUAUAUCACAGAUAUUAAUGAUAUUGCACCACAGAUUACAGUAGAAUCAGUAAAUCGUAUUUCAUCAAGUCAAUCGAUUAUUGAUAAUCAUCAUAAUAAUAAUAAUCAAUAUAAGAGUAAUAUAUUACAAGUGUAUAUCAAUGAAACUCCUGGACAUAAUAUAAUGAAUUAUAAAUUAGAGAAUGAAUAUACUACUCAUGAUAAUUUCUUACCAACUAUGAUACAAUUAUUAGCUUUUGUAGUUGUAAAUGAUCCAGAUACUGGUCCCGGUGGUACAUUUCAAUGUCAUUUAGAAUCAAAUACAAUAGACCAUAAUAAUAAUAAUAAUGGUAUUAAUAAAGCAUUUAGAUCCAAGUUACAUUAUUCAACACAAUAUACAAUGAAUGAACAAAAUCAUUAUUUGUCAUUCAUUCCAACUCCUAGUACUAGUACUAUUCAUAGUACUACUGGUACUAUAAGUCAAAGUUCAAUUGUUGGAAUGUUUCAAUUAAAUCCAAUAUCUAAUUUCAAUUAUGAAUUAAAUACAAUUUAUGGAUUUGAUUAUGAAUUUAGUAAAACAGAAUCAGUAAAGAUUGUAUGCAGUGAUAAUGGGAUACCAAGUCUUACAUCUAGUUAUGUGAUUAAAGUUAUUGUACAAGAUUUAAAUGAUAAUCCACCAGUUUUUACAAAAGAUUAUCAUAAUUUUUUUGUUCAAGAGAAUAGUCCAAUCAAUACAUUGAUUAAUAAAGUAAUUGCAACUGAUGCAGACAGUGAAAAGAAUGCCGAAAUUAAAUAUCAACUUAGUCAAGAUGGUGAAGAAUACUUUACUAUUAAUCAAUUAGAUGGAACUAUUUAUACAAAAAUAAUAUUUGAUAGAGAAUUAAAACAAAAUUAUCGAUUUCAAGUCUAUGCCAAUGAUAAUGGUCAACCGAUUGCAUUAACAGCAACCACUACAAUUGAAGUGACUAUUGUUGAUGUUAAUGAUAAUACACCAAUGUUUGUCGGUUUAGAUCGAGAUAAUUGUUAUCAUUUCCGUAUAGCAGAAAAUCAACCACCGAAUACAUAUGUUGGUAUCCUACUUGGUACCGAUAAUGAUAUUGAUGAAAAUGCUCAAUUACAUUUUCGUUUACUUGGUACAACAUCUUAUUUUAGAUUGAAUAGUUCCACUGGAGAAAUAACAACUUUACAAUUAUUAGAUCGUGAAAAACAAGCAAAUUAUGAAUUAAUUGUUUUAUUAAUUGAUCAUGGUAAACCAUCACGUUCAGCAACAGCUAAAGUUCAUAUACAUGUAACUGAUACAAAUGAUCAUGAUCCAAUUGUUGUAUUUCCAGUUAAUGGUAAAGGUAAUAUUAGUGUAUCUUAUCGGGAACCACCAGGUGAAAUAGUAGCACGAAUUGAAGCACGUGAUCCUGAUGAAGGACAUAAUUCUUUAUUACAUUUCAAUUUAUAUUCUGGUAAUCAAGCUUCAGUUUUUCGUCUUGGUAGUACAUCAGCUGAAUUAAUAAUUGAUCGUGAAUUAACUAUACAAGAUAUUGGUUUAUAUCCAUUAGUAAUACAUAUACAAGAUGCUGGUAUUCCAUCACGUACAACAGAAGUGAAACUAAUGGUUAAAAUAAUUGAUUCACCACCACGUAUAUAUUCGAAUCGAUUUACUAAUUUACAUCAUUCUACAAAUCUAUUAAAUAAUGAUAUUAAAUCAUUGAAUUUACAUCGUCGUUUUAAAGAUAAUCAAUAUUAUUCAUCAAUGAAUGAUCAUGAGAAAUUAAUGAAAACAAAUGAAUUUCAUAACUAUGAUGAAAAUAAUACAUUAAAUACUAGUUCUAUAUUAGUUGCUAUAGUUGCAUUAAGUUGUGCUAUCAUACUUGUAUUAUUAGGGAUUACUGUAUAUGUAUGCGGUCGACGAGGAUUUCAAACUUUUCGUUAUCAUAAUAAUACUAAUAACACUACUACUACUAAUAAUAAUAAUAAUAAUAGUAGUAGUAGAAAUGAUCGAAUGCAAUAUCUAUCACGUAAUCAUAAUUCAUUAAAUAAUAUCAAAUUACCUGAUGAUAAAUUUAAUUGGAAAAAUCUAUUAAAUUCAAAAUAUCAUACAAAUAAUAAUAAUAAUAAUACAAUAUUAUAUCCUAAUAAAUCAAUAAUCAAUAAUCAAUAUCAUUCCAAUCAAUCCAUUUUAUUCAAUAAUGAAAAUAAUCCAUAUAUUGAUCAAUUUAGUAAUAUAUCUUUAAAAUCAAUAUUGAUUGAAGAAAAUAAUUCAUUAAAAAAUAAACAAAAAAAUCAUGAAAAUUAUACAACAUUUUUACCAUUUAAUGAAUAUACAUCAUAUAGAAAUUAUCAAAAAACAUUACCAAUAAUCAAUGAUAAACAAUCAAUAUAUUUAACAAUGCCAAUCAAUAAUAAUAAUAAUGAAUUAAAACAAAAUUAUGAAAAAUAUUGGAUUAUUAAUAAACAAGAUUCUAAUAAUUAUACAUUACCACAAUAUAAUCAAUAUGAACAAAAUAUAAGUACUAAUAGUAAUAGUACAUUGAUCAAUUCAAAUCUUGAUUAUUUACAACAAUCUCAUCAGACUAAUAAUAAUAAUGAUCCAUUGAAUCUAUGUAAAACGAUAAUGAAUGAUGAAGAUUUAAAAAAUAAAUCAAUAUUACCAAUGAAUAUAUCAACAAUAGAUAUGAUAAAUAGUACGAAUAAUGUUACCAUGGCAACAGAUACGAAUAAUAGUAUCAUGAAUAAUCGUAAUAAUAAUAUUAAUAAUAAUAAAAUUGAUCCUGUUUAUUUUACACAAUCGUUAAAAUUAAAAAAAUCAGAGAAAUUAGAUAAGUCAAUGAAUUUAUUGAAUACAUCAAUUAAUAAUGAUAAUAAUCAUGAUCAUAAUUCAAACGAAAUAAAUCAAUUAAAAACUGCUAGAAGUUGGGAAUAUAUUGCAAUACCACAUAAUAAUAAUAAUAAUAAUAAUAAUAAUAAUAAUAAUAAUAAUAAUAAUAAUCAAUCAUUAUCUCCUUUAUCAUCAAACAAAGAAGAACAUAACAAACCACAACAACAACAACAACAUCAAGUUUCAUGGACUUCUAAUAUUCAAACAAGUAUUCCAUCAAGUAAAUCAACAACAAUUUUAUCACCACAAAAUACAAUUUCACAUAAAAUAGGUCAUUGUCUUUCAGAUAAUCAAUCUUUUAUGAUUACAUCUACUCCUUCUAUUACUUCUACACCUUGUACACCUUCUAUUACUUCGACUACUUCCAAUGCUACUAGUAGUACUCAUACUACUAAUACCACUACUACUACUACUGUUACAUCAUCAAAUUGUUCUGAUUAUACUAUUAUUAACCAAUAUCCUAAUACAUUACAAACAUUUAAUAGACAAUCUAAUCAUAAUAAUAAUAAUGAUAAUUUAUCUGUAUUCUAUUUAAAUCAUUCAACAAAUAUGAUUGAUCAUUAUAAUCAAUCUUUAUUAUUAAAUCAAUUCAAUCAUAAACAAAUCAAUAAAUCAAUAGAAAACUGUAAUCAAUCAAUAACACCAAUUAAUUUAAUUGAUUUUAUUGAUAAACAAUUAUGUAAUAAGAAAUCAUGUCAAUGUGAUACAAUAAUAGAUAAUUCAAUAAUAAAUGAUUCUAAAGAUUCAAUGGAUAAUAAUCCCAAUGCAGUUAUGUAUAUGAUAAACAAUCAACAACAACAACAACAACAACAAUCAAAUUCUUUACAUUAUGAUCUAAAUCAUGAUAAUACUUCAUCGAUUUCAACUGAUUUUGUUUAA